UGCAUAAAACAAUACCAACGACGACUUCUUCACUUCAAGUAAAUCAUUGUCAAUCCCUAUAACCCUGCAAAGAUUUUUGGAUUACUAAGUGCUGCAUUUUUCACACAAAAUUGUGUAGUGGAUAAUAUACAUUAUCAUGUAUAUAAAGGGGUAAUAAAACUUCCUCCUAGUACUCAAGUUGAUCAAGAAAUAUUAAUUCCUGGAUUAUCAUGUACAAUUGAGAGUUCAUAUGUGCCUAGUUUUGAGUCAAAUUCUGAAUCAGAUAAAUUAGUUGAAAUGUUGGCGAAUCAAUUCUCAAAUCUUGACAAAGUGGAUUGGGUCCUAAUUAACAGUUUCUAUAAGGUGGAGAAAGAGGUAGUUGAUAGGAUGUCCAAGCUCUAUCCAAUCAAGACAAUUGGACCAACAAUACCAUCAAUGUACCUAGACAAGAGGCUACACGAUGACAAAGAGUAUGACCUUAGUGUCUUCAAGCCAAUGACAAAUGAAUGCCUAAAUUGGUUAAACCAUCAACCAAUUAGCUCAGUAGUGUAUGUAUCAUUUGUAAGUUUAGCCAAAUUAGAAGCUGAGCAAAUGGAGGAAUUGGCAUGGGGUUUGAAGAAUAGCAACAAGAACUUCUUGUGGGUAGUUAGGUCCACUGAAGAACCCAAACUUCCCAAGAACUUUUUAGAGGAACUAAAAUGUACAAGUGGUAAUAAUAAAGGCCUAGUGGUGUCAUGGUGUCCACAAUUACAAGCGUUGGAACAUGAAUCAAUAGGUUGUUUUUUGACGCACUGUGGGUGGAAUUCGACUUUGGAAGCAAUUAGUUUGGGAGUGCCAAUGGUGGCAAUGCCACAAUGGUCAGAUCAACCAACAAAUGCAAAGCUUGUGAAGGAUGUUUGGGAAAUGGGAGUUAAAGCCAAACAAGAUGAAAAAGGGAUAGUUAGAAGAGAAGUUAUUGAAGAAUGUAUAAAGGUAGUGAUGGAAGAAGAGAGAGGAAAAUUGAUUAGGGAAAAUGCAAAGAAAUGGAAAGAAUUGGCUAGAAAUGCUAUGGAUGGAGGUGGAAGUUCAGAGAAAAAAAUUGAAGAAUUUGUUUCCAAGGUGGUGACUAUUUCUCUUAGCCAUAAAAUAUAUUUUGAAGAAGCUGAUUUGUAUUUUGCAGUUUCUUUUCCUGAUUGAAGUAGCAAAGUUUGACCUGAAUCUUCCUUUGUUUCUCAUCUUUCUAAAACAAUAUAUCAUAUUUUCUAUGUAGCACUGACCUC